GCCCCGGUCGCCGCGGUAACGCGCGGGGUUCGCGUGUCCUCGCCAUGAACGUCCGGGUGGCGCGGGCUGCGUGGGCCCGGGGCUGCGGCGCCUCGAGCUUCCCGCGGCCCCCGCCGGGCGCGGUGGACGUGGCGGAGCUGCUGCGCGAUGCGGCGGUGGAGGAACCGCGGGCGGCGGCGGCGCGGCGGCUGCCGGGCCAGUGCUCCGUGCUGCUCUUCCCGGGCCAGGGCAGCCAGGUGGUGGGCAUGGGCCGCGGGCUGCUGCGCUACCCGCGCGUCCGCGAGCUCUACGCCGCCGCCCGCCGCGUGCUGGGCUACGACCUGCUGGAGCUGAGCCUGCGCGGGCCGCAGGAGGCCCUGGACCGCACCGCGCACUGCCAGCCCGCCGUCUUCGUGGCCUCGCUGGCCGCCGUCGAGAAGCUGCAUCACCUGCAGCCCGCGGUUAUUGAGAACUGUGUUGCUGCUGCUGGAUUCAGUGUGGGAGAAUUUGCAGCCCUAGUGUUUGCCGGAGCCAUGGAAUUUUCUGAAGGUCUGUAUGCAGUGAAAGUCCGAGCCGAGGCCAUGCAGGAAGCCUCGGAAGCUGCCCCCAGUGGGAUGCUGUCUGUCCUCGGUCGGCCUCAGUCCAAGUUCUCCUUCGCCUGCUUGGAAGCCCGGGAGCACUGCAAGGCUGCGGGCAUAGAGAGCCCCGUGUGCGAGGUGGCCAACUACCUCUUUCCCGACUGCAGGGUGAUUUCAGGACACCUGGAGGCUCUGCAGUUUCUCCAGAAGAAUUCCUCUAAGUAUCACUUCAGACGCACCAAGAUGUUGCCGGUGAGCGGUGCCUUCCAUACCCGCCUCAUGGAGCCAGCCGUGGAGCCCCUGGCGCAAGUUUUAAAGGCAAUUGAUGUCAAGAAGCCUCUGGUUUCCGUCCACUCAAACGUCAAUGGGAACAAAUACAUGCAUCCGAAACACAUCCAGAAAUUGCUGGUCCAGCAGGUGGUCUCCCCGGUGAAGUGGGAGCAGACGAUGCAUGCCAUAUACGAGAGGAGGAAAGGCACCGAGUUCCCCAGGACGUUUGAGGUGGGACCUGGGAAGCAGCUGGGAACCAUCCUGAAGAACUGUAACCUGCAGGCCUGGAAGGCCUACAGCCCCGUGGAAGCGAUGGAGGCUGAGGACACGGACCAGGACCUGUAGGCGCCCCCUGGUGGCCACGGGGUGGGGGUGGCUCAAGUGGAGGCUCCGGUGGGCGGAGCACGGCCUGUCCUCCCCCAGGAGGUGGCUCUGCCCUGUGCCUUCUCUGCCUUCCUGUCUAGCCGCCUCUGAGUGAUUGGGAGGGACUGUUUGCAAAGUGCUUGGAAUGCCACAUAAAAAGCACUAAAUAUGAGUAUUUCUUCACAUGACACUGUCCAUUUUUCCCCCUUGAAACGCGUUUGAAUUCUGGGGAUAAGGAUGCAGCGGUGCCGGGCUGGUGAUGUGGAGAGCCUGAGUUCCUGCUCCGCCACGUGGGCAGAGCAGAGCACCUGCCAGCUCAGGUGGCGCCUCUAAGAUGGGCCGAACCAGCCGCCUGGUGGGUACGUGCUGAGGCCCUUGGGGGCUUGGCCUGUUGCCAUGAUGCCCUUUCUUGUGGGUGCUGUGGGCAUACUGGCGUGGCCACAAGGCAGGCCAGUACCAGAGGCUCCUCCGCUGCUCCGGGAGCCUCUGGCCACCACACCAGAAUCUUAGCUCCUUUGUCACGAAAUCCAAAGGGCUUUAGGACCCAGUUGGCCUUGGCAGCCAUUCUCGUGCGUGCACACACACCCCCCAACACACUCAGCUGUUGGGAGACCCAGCCCCACAUUGGUUUACUUACCCAGGAGUAUUGAGUGCCUGCUGUGUGCCAGGGAGUGAGUGACCUCUGCCCUGGUGGGGAAGAGUGUCCUUUAUUUAGCAAGCUGGAUGGGACAUGGGAAGGGCGGCUGAGGGCCUUGCUUCCUCCCACACCCCCAAGUCACCCCUCAGACAGUGACUACUGAGUGCCUGCUUUGUGCCCACAACCUGGUCUGGCCAGGCCCACCCUCAUGGAGCCAUCUCUGCCGCUCCACCCCAGGAGCACACGCAGGCUCUCUACAAAUGCAACUCUUUGCAUUAAUAUUAAAUGGGAGGAAUGCUAA